CUAGAAAGAGAGACAGACAUAAAAAAAAUGGCCGACAAUACUGUUUCAGAUAAAUGUGACAAUGAUUUUAGUAUACGUCAGAUGACCACUGACCACAUUGCCGGUGCUUUGCGGGUAUUUGCCAGUCACGGACUGUUUGAGGCCAACUAUUCGGUAGAAACCUAUCUGAAGAUUGACGGUAACGGGUUUUAUGUGGCCAUCGAUGACAUUACCAAAGAAGUUAUCGGUGUCUGCGGCGGACCAAUGCUUCGGCCAGACCUGGCGUUUAUCGGUCUGUACGCUGUCGACCAGCGAUACUCGGGUCGCCGUAUUGGCCAGAAAUUGUUUCACAUUGUCCUAUCGUAUAUCGGUAACCAGCAAAAUGUUGCCCUAUUUUCGGUUCCCGACAAACUCGGUCUCUACAGAGAUCGGCUGGGGUUUCGUGUAGUCAGCGACCAGACAAUGGUUAUCUAUACGGGAACGGUAGCCAAUGUCCGACAAUGUAGUACCGAUGCUGAUAGUGAUGAUGGCAUACAUGUGCUAACACAGUUGACCGACGAUCUGAUCGAUCGACAAAUAGUCGAUUAUGACCGACAUAUUCACGGUCUAAGUCGUGAUAGACUACUGGGUCUAUCGUUGAGGGAAUCGGGUUGUCGUCGGGCGGUUGCUGUGGACAACAAUAACAAACAAGUCAUGGGUUAUGGAUGUCUACGAGUUCAUAGUUCAGGUGCAACAACCCUGAGUCCAUUGUACGCCGAUAGUCCUCAAGUGGCCAAACGUUUGUUGUCGGCACUGGUAGUCCGCGAUGAUAGCACCGGUAGUAGUAGUAGUGAUAGUAGUAAUGUUUUACAAACAAAAAACCAGAGCUUUUAUUACUAUACACUUCAUACAAAUCCGAUGGCCAUUGAAUUAGCCGAACAGUUAGGACUGGAUAAGCACGAGGAAUGUCGGCUACUGUUCCGCAAACGUAUAGUUCCCGUAAAUUAUGAGAAAAUCUAUUCAAUAUUGAGCCCAAAUUUUUCGUUAUAA